GUUUAUCAUAUAGCUAGUUGUAAAGGUAUUGUUAUUCGAGUUGUUUACUUGUACUACUGGUUUAGGAAAAUAGCGUUGUUCUUUUUUGACUAUAUCAGUGCUGACGACAACACACAAAUGAUACUUUAUGAACAAAUAACACGAAGUAAACUCUUGCUUCCGCGUUGCUCUUGUGGGCGCGGCCUCAAACUCAAAAUGGCGGUAUAAAACAAAGACAAAGAUGGGUAGCUUUUUACAAGCAGUACGAUAUGAGAACGACGUGUGUUUUAUUUCAUUUUUUGUUCUUUGGACACUUCUCCCAUCUGGAAAAGCUUGUGGCCAAAGUGAAUAUAAAUCGCCUGCUGGAGAAUGUUGCCCUAUGUGUAACAUUGGAUCAGUAGUUCUUAAGGAUUGUAUACAUGAUUUAAGCACCACAUGCAAACCCUGCCCUUCAGGAACAUUCAUGAGUGAACCAAAUGGCCUUCAUAAUUGUUUCACAUGCAGAAACUGUGUUAAAAGUCAAGGACUUUACAUCUUGAGUAAAUGCACUACAAUACAAGACACUACCUGUGAUAUACUUGAUGGAUAUUACUGCAUUGAUUACUCAAAUUCACAGUGCAGUCAUGCUCAAAAACACAGUGUUUGUAAAUCAGGACAAGAAACAAAAACACCAGGUACAAAAACUACAAAUGCAGUAUGUUCGGACUGCCCUCAUGGUUUUUAUUCUCCAUCAGGUCUAAACUGCACCAAAUGGACAGAGUGUUCAGCAAGGAAUGAAAUAGAAACAGAACAUGGCAGUUCUGUUAAAGAUGCCAUAUGUACACCGAUAAGACGGAAAAGACAUGGUCUCUUAUUUGCAAUAGUUUUAAUAACAUUUCUCUGCAUAAGUCUAUACUUUGCCCCAAAGAUCACAAGUUGUAAACUUAAAAACCCUGUGCAAGAAACAAACCCUGGAUAUACAGCACAACCCACAAACAACACAACGAAAGAAAACAGUGAGCAACAGAUUGUUUCCCAAGAAUCAGUUACACCACCUGCUGGUACUCUAGCAACCCUCUCAUCAUAGGAGCAUGACAUUACGUUCUUCUCCGUGUGCUGUGACCUUGACGUGGUGGAGAAGCUUGAAGUCCUUUGCUAGAGUAUACAUACAUUUUGGACAAACUAACAACAGCAGGCUUUAACAGCAUUAAUCCCUGAUUGAUCCCUGGUUCUGUACAUAAAACACAGUCAAUAUCAUCACUGCAAAAAGUUAAUAAGAAGCCUCAUACAGACACAGCAGUUUAAAUGUAAAAAAUAGGUCUCAAUAGUGCUAAUAAAAGAAUAUUAUCACUGAUAAUUAUCAAUAUUGAAAAUAUUUUACAGAAUAAGGCUAAUGAGCAGCCUUUAGCUUUGUUGAAGGAAUAGUUCACCCAAAAAUGAAAAUUACCUCAUAUUUUACUCAGCUCAAAGCCAUCCUAGGUGUAUAUGAAUUUGUUCUUUCAGAGCUUUUAAAAAAUGUAUCCUGGCUCUUUAAAGCUUGGUAAUGCAGUGGAUAGUGACCAUUAUAUUGAUGCUCUGUAAAUUGGAUAUAUCCGCAAGUACUGCACCGUAAAACUAACCUGCCUUCAUGGGAUUUAUCACAUGUCCAUUGAAGCAGAUCGAUAGGUAACUGACUGAGCGCUGAUUUCUGGCUUUGUUGACUUCUGACUUGACGUACGAUGUAUGAUGUAAGUUGCGUCAUAUGUUGAUUCAUAGGUCAGCCAAAAAACUGGAACUCGGUGUUCUCACAGAAAAUAACACAAGUCUGUUAUUUACAAUACAAUUUUUUAAAUUAGAAAUAAUUGGUACAAAAAGAGGCCUCGGAGGACAUCUGAUAACCCCCCGUAAAUAACAAAAGUCUUUAACAAAGCAUUCUAAAACAUCCACAGUCCUGCAGUUUUGCUUCAUGAUGGCAUAAGAAUGGAUUGAACAAACUAGAUGCAUUAACAUUUUAAUAUUUUGUGAUUCUGUCUGCCCUUACAAGUAUCAACAGGCACAGUCAGAACCAUCAGAAUCUGCUUUACUAAAUCUCAUUUACUUAUUGAAGAAUAAUCAGACAAAGGAAAUAUAUCGCAGCACAUUCAAGUAUUCAAGGAAAUGAGAAAGCCAACGCGAAAAGGAAAUCUAUAUCAAUAAUUAGUUAGAAUUUAUAAUUGCCUAUUGUUUUAAUAAAAAACUUUGUGUAAAAAAAGUGUGUCCUAUAUGUAGGUAGGAGAUGGGGCAUAGCAUGCUUAAUAGCAUGUACAUAUAACAGAAGCAUGAUAUGCAAAAUGUAUUUAUGCAAGUCAGUGAUUUUCAUAUUUUUGUACAGGCUAUGCUUAUAGCUAUAAUUAUAUAUGAUUACAUAUAUCAUUAUUAUAGCCUAUGUCUGCUGUAUAAUUGUAAUAAAUAUUAACGAUGUUUAGGCUACUUCUAUUCGGUUUCAAACCUUGAUCAGAAUUUUCAUGGAUAAAAUGUACCGGCCUAAACUACUCAAGCUGAAACAAACAACAACAAAAGACUAAGGUUUUGAAAAUUUGUCGUCCUCUUUUUCGGUAAGACGAAGAGAUUUGUGUUAAAACUCAAAAAGUCAUAACGCAACAAAACUAUUAAAAUACUAUUUUAAAUUAUAUUAGAGGAGUUGUGGAGAAUGCAAAAGUGAAACUAUUUUACGAUAGGCUUUUCGGUUCUGCCAACGAUUCUUAUUUAGUUUGAUGUAUUUUAUUUUUAGAAAUAAUAGUCUACACAUUGGCAAAAAGUGAUUUAUUUCACUGCCAAUACACCAAAAAGAAAACAAUUAAUUUAUAAUAAAUGGAAAGUCUCUAUUCUUUCUAUUUUAACUAUCCCAGUAACUGCACUCAACGUUAAAAACAAUCUAGUAGGAAUGUAGGAGCCAUUUUGUUUCUUUAUUUUAAAGGUUUAUAUAGUUAAUGUCUUUUAUUUUGGAGAUGUGCCCCCUCGGCAGGAGAAUGGAAGCUUAAAGGUCUGGAUGUGGCCUACUGGAGAAUGGCCUGCUGGGAGCACAUGGUCUUUAGACCUUACCUUUUGUUUGUUGGCAGCCAAAAAACCUUGAAACCAAGUUUGUUUUAACUUUUAUUUUUUUUUGUGAUCAAGUCUGCAAUAAAUAUUCAAGAAAUGCA